UCGGGUUUCCGCGUGGAUUCAACUUCAAUGACCAACAGCGAUUGCUUCACACAGAAAACGGCAAAUCUAUCAAUGCGAAACUUGGGCCUUUCUUCUUUCGAUUAAUCAUCAUGGAUUCUCAUACAGGUGAUAUUUUGAUAGAAUUGCAAAAUGGGUAUUGAUAAUUUUUCAAUUAAAAAGGGUUUUGCUCUCUGGGUAUUCUAGAUUUGGAGUUCCACUGUUAGUCUCUGGAAUUCUGUGAAGGAUUUGGGUGAUAAUAUAGAUAUGGUUUCAAAAGAUGUGAAUAGUAAAGCAUGGAAAUGGGCUCUGGGUUUGGUGUAUAUAAUUGCUGUGGCAACAAUAUGGAUAGCUGCUAGCUUUGUAGUGCAGUCUGUUGUAGAUGGUGGUGUUUCACCAUUCCUUAUUACUUACAUAUGCAAUUCACUGUUUGUGGUGUUGAUUCCAAUUGUUGAAAUUGGGAGGUAUUUGGAAGAUUCUUAUGGGGGUUUAUGGUUUUGGAGGAGUGAGAAGAGUAACCCUCAUUUGGAAGGGCAGGUAGGGGAGUCAGAGCAGGAUAUCCUUCUCCAAGAUAAUAAUUCAAGCAAUGAAGCCAGUGCAUCAUUGGUUAUUCAAGAGGUUGGUGUCAGUCAACAAAAGAACAAUGGUUCUGAAUUGGUGCCAUCAGACAAUGUGGUAGGGGAGUUGGUUGAUCAAGUUAAUGUGAUUGAAGAUGUUGAUAAUAAGCUGGAUGAUAAAGGACGUUGGACCCGAUGGAGAGUGGCCAAAGUUAGUCUAUUGAUAUGUCCGUUUUGGUUUUUUGCUCAACUCACUUUUAACUUGUCAUUGAAGUAUACUACUGUCACAUCAAAUACAAUCUUAAGCAGUGCAUCCAGUCUUUUUACCUUCUUGGUCUCCCUAGCUUUCUUGGGUGAGAGGUUUACUUGGUUAAAGCUGUUCAGUGUUUUACUUUGUAUGGGAGGAACGAUAAUUGUAAGUCUUGGUGAUUCACAAACUAAUUUAAGAACAGUUGCAUCAAAUCCUCUUCUUGGAGACAUCUUCGCACUUGUUUCGGCAGGAUUAUAUGCGGUUUAUAUUACCCUUAUUCGCAAGAAAUUGUCUGAUGAUGAUGGAAAGAGUGGUGAAGCCAGUAUGGCUCAGUUUCUUGGAUAUCUGGGGCUUUUCAAUGUUUUAAUUUUUCUUCCAGUUGCCCUCGUACUCAAUUUCACCAAGACAGAACCUUUUUAUACACUUACCUGGAAGCAGCUUGGUCUCAUUAUUGGUAAAGGAUUGCUGGAUAAUGUGCUGAGUGAUUACUUGUGGGCCAAGGCUGUUCUUCUUACAUCAACCACUGUAGCUACAGCUGGACUUACAAUUCAGGUCCCAUUGGCUGCCAUUGUAGAUACCUUGACUGGCAAUGCUCCUCGCAUAAUGGAUUACCUUGGAGCAGUAGCUGUCAUGUUUGGCUUCGCUGGAAUUAAUAUUCCUUCAGAUGUUUUCACCAAAUCAAGAGAAGCAACUGUGGAAUUGGACAACGAGAACUUGAGUUUAAGAAAUGAAGAGCUUACUUUGCCGAGAAGCCAAGAUUCAGCUGCAAUACCAUAGCAUGUACAUUGCAUUCAUGUCACGUCUUAGUUGAAGGGUGAUUCUUUUUUUAAACUGUACCACAUUAGUUCCAAUACCUGAAAUGUGUUACUAUACCAUUACUUGUUAGAAUUUUCCAAAAUUAACAAAAAUUCAACAAAUGAAAUAGUUUUGUUGAAACCAACUCGAGUUAGUCAUAAACAUGCACUUGGUAAUAUAUGUAUAUGUAAAUAUUAUUAAGUAUGUGAUAGAUGGCUCAUACUCUUAAAAGAUGGGGUCAUGAUCUCUCAUC